GAUGAACCACCCAACUUUGCUAAUCAUGCAUUGGAGGAUUUUUUUUUUUUUUUUUUAAUUUUGAUUUUUUUAAGGGCCAGAAAAUAAAUAAAUACGGAAAAAGUCAUUCAUAAAACGUACCUUGAACUGAGACCUGACUAGCCCACGUGCAUCCUCGGUUGUUGGCAAGCCGAAAAGACAAGUCCGGUCUUUGGUUAUUUAUGGUGGGGUGCUGAAGGCUAGCUGUACUUUUCGUGAAGAUGGCCAAAAACGUGACUUUAGGAAGCGGUGCAACAUUUUCAGGAUUUUUCGAUCAGGGAAAAACUUGCGGAAAGAUUCGCUCAAAUUUCAGGAAUUGAACGGAGCAUAGGUGUAUAUUUACAAAUAGUGGCAGUUGAAAGAUACAUUUCAGGAAUUGAACGCUUGAAUAGCAAUUACAAAUGCAUGCCAUGUUUCUUCGGCGAGUUGCAGUUGCGGCUUCUCACUCAAGAAGGUUUCUUAGCAGCAAUAGCAACCAUGACCUUGCAAAUGCUAUUUCAGAGCUCAACAAGGAAAUGGAAUCUGUGUUUGGUGAGCCUCCUUCUAAUGGGCCUGGCAGGUCUGUAAGCAAUGACAGUAUGGCAGAAGACCACCAGUCUUUCUCUCCUAAGGCGAACAAAACUCCACUCGGCCUAACCCAUGUAGGCAGUAAAGGGGAAGCCCAAAUGGUGGAUGUUUCUCCCAAAGAAAGUAGUAAGAGAACUGCCAUAGCUAGUUGCAAGGUAAUCCUUGGCAAGAAGGUGUUUGAUUUAGUCUUAGCUAACCAGGUUGCAAAGGGAGAUGUUCUAGGCGUGGCCAAAAUUGCGGGAAUAUGUGGAGCAAAGCAAACUAGCAAUAUCAUCCCACUCUGCCAUAACAUAACUCUGAGUCAUGUUCGGGUUGAUAUGAAACUGAAUCCUGAGGAUUGCAGUGUAGAUAUCGAAGGGGAAGCUGCUUCAACAGGGAAGACUGGGGUUGAAAUGGAAGCCAUGACUGCUGUUACCGUUGCUGGCCUAACAGUGUAUGAUAUGUGCAAGGCUGCUUCCAAAGAUAUUCAGAUUACUGAUGUGCGUCUUGAACGUAAAACUGGUGGGAAGAGUGGGGUCUGGGUUAGAGAAGAAUAAUGUUGUUUCUGAAGAAAGCUGUUCUCCAAGCUGACAAAGUGCGAGGGUUAAUGCUUUUGAAGAAGGCAAUUUUUGGAUGCAUUCCAUUUGGAAUUGUAUUGAUUUGAAGAUAUUGCUCAAUUCUUAAAUAUACACUCUUUCAGAACACUUUAGAACUCAUUGAAGUUCUUAGUUAUUUGCAUCCUGGCAUUUAGCUAAACCGAAUGAAAGUUGUCUUUGUCAAUGGAACUUGUUACCAUCACAGGUUACCUCAUCCAGUGCCUCUGUAAAUGCUCAUCAAUGUCAUCAAUUUUUCAUUCUAAUAAUAAUUGGAUACAUAUUUGUAUAUUAUAAACUUCA